AAUCGUUACCACUGAACUUUCUCCCUCUUGCUCCCUCUCGUUAAUCAAUACUAUAUCCUUCUCUUCUAAAGGGUUUCUACAACUGUUCUUUCAGUUGAAGAAGCGAGAGGUAGAGCUCAGGAAAAGUUAUUUGAAGCCAUUCAUUAAUCGAGAUUGAAAAUGACGAUCAUGGAACAAGUGAUUGGGAUUCCGGUGAUCUCAGGAUCCUUAUUAUUGACUGAUUCUGAUUCCAUGCAAUGUCAAUCCACUCAUCACGAAGAUCAAUUCCAAAGGUUAGGAAAAGAUUCGAUGCUUAAGAGGAUGAACAAGCUCCGGAUGAAAGCUGAUUUUUUCUCUCACAGUUUCCGAGCUCAGGUGAGAUCAAAUCUGAAGAUGUCGGAAACAGUAAAAAGGAAGCUGAGCAUGGGAGCUCAAUUCCUGCAAGUGGGUGGAAGGGAGAAAGUUUUCAAGACACUGUUUAAUGUCUCUGAAAGAGAGAGACUCCUAAAGGCUUCACACUGCUGCUUAUCAACUUCAGCCGGUAACAUUGCAGGCUUCCUCUUCAUAUCCAUCAGGAACUUAGCGUUCUGCAGUCACAGAUCCUUAAAGGUGUGCUGUCCAAAUGGAGAAGCUGUCAAGGUCCAUUACAAGGUUUUGAUCCCACUUUCUAAAAUAGAGACAGCAAAUCAAUGCGAGAAUGUUGAGAAGCCAUUGCAGAAGUACAUGCAAAUUGUUACAGUAGACAACUUCGACUUCUGGUUCAUGGGAUUCCUGAAUUAUCAGAAAACCUGGAAAUAUAUUCAGCAAGCACUUUUUCUUGAGCAGUAAUAGCAUUCCACACUCUCUCGCCAGGAAAAUGCCCUCUUCCAUCUUUUCCUUUCUUCCCAGAUGUAAAUGCAGAGAACUCAGACUACUAUAUAUAUGUAAUUGUCGACAAACUGUAAAAGAGGUUUUGUUCAGAGAAAUCAGAAACUGCAAAGUUUCACGAACUGGAAGGGUUAAUUAGGUGAAAAAUUUGUCAUUGGCAAUUCAGUUUCCUUUUUUUUUUUUCUCCUGGUUUUCCCUUGUACUUGGUUUUUUGCUCGAGCUUCUUCCGCCCAAAAAUCAAUGUUUACUUAUCAAAUUUAUCCUCAAAAUUACAUCAUAAAUGAGGAAAAAAUGAAGACGGUGCGGAGGAUCAGGUUGCUUCUGUCCAUGACAGGACAGUCCUGGGCCUCGAUGAAUUUGGCCCGCAUGUGAUUGCACUGUGGUGGGGGUUGCUUGGGAUUCAGAGCUUGGAGCCUUCCUUCAUGUUCUUCCCAAGGACUGUAUCCUUUAUGCUUUUUCUCUGCCUCUAUUCAUUGUGGUCUUCCCCAAGAGCACACCAACUUUACCAGAACUAUGGAAUCUCCGGGGAAGUGUUUUUUUGCCUUGCCGAUGAAUGUGCAGUAGGUGAUCUUUGAACAUAGAUGAUCUUUCCGCUUUCA